AUGGAUUGCUGGCUAAAAACGGGAAGUUUGAAAUGUACAAAAGAAAAUUAUGAAGGAAAUAUGAAUGUUAGUGAUAAUUAUGCCGAAAAAUGCAGUAAUAUGGCUACAUCAGACAAUUGUGAUGACAAAAUUUGCGAACCAUGUGAACCAUCUGUAAGUUUAUUGAACAUAUCAGCUGCAAAAAAAAUGAAAAAAGCCCGCAAAUAUGUUGAAGAAUAUCUUAAACUGGGAUUUUCGUGGACUGGCGAUGAGGUGGAGCCUGUUCCACUAUGUGUGAUUUGUUACGAGACUCUCACAAAUGAAAGUAUUAAAUCAUUCAACCUAAAAUGCCAUUUCGAUAGCAAACAUAAAGAAUGCAAGGGAAAACCUGUAGAAUUCUUCGAAAAUAGGCGCAAAGAUGUCCAAAAGUCCCAGAAAACAAUUCGUAAUGUGACGGGAGGUGAAAAUAUGAAAGUUUUGCAAGCUUCAUUUAGUGUGGCGUACUUAAUUACAAAGUCUGGAGCUGCUGAAGUGAUUGGCGAGACAUUAGUAAAACCUGCAGCCAAAGUAAUGGUGCAAGUGAUGAUUGGAGACAAGGCCAGUAAAGCUAUAGAUUGUGUCCCCCUCUCAAAUAACACUAUUCAUUGUAGAAUCACAGAUAUGGCCGAAAACAUAAAGCAGCAAUUAUUGUCAAGAGUACAAAAGAGUUGCUACUAUGUACUAUACGAGCUGAAUAAUGAAGUCCAUGAUGACAUUUUGUUCUGCCAACCUAUACCAACACGUACAACUGGAGAAGCUAUUUUUAAAGUUAUUGAUGACUUUAUCAAAAACAAUGACUUGGAUUGGAGUCGUAUUGGAAUAAGCACGGAUGGGGUCAGAGCCAUGAUUGGUUCAAAGAAAGGAGUUGUUGCACGUAUUCAAGCUGUUGCACCAGAAGCAAAAUCGACUCAUUGUUGCAUUCACAGGGAAGCACUCGCCACUCAGAACAUGCAGGCAGAUCUAAAGCAAGUACUGGAUGAAGCUGUGAAAAUAAUCAGUUUUGUGAAAGGCCACCCUCUGAACAACCGGCUGUUUUCUCAGCUUUGGGAUGAGAUGGGCAGUGAUUACACACAACACCUAUUUCAUACUGAAGUGCGUUGGCUUUCGCAUGGAAAAGUUCUGAAUCGCCUGCUUGAGCUGCGAGAAGAACUGCAAGUUUUUUUAGAUGAAACCUUUAACCUGAGAGACCUUAUACACAAUUGGAAACAGCUAUGCAAACUAGCAUAUAUUGCAGAUAUCUUUGCUCAUUUAAACAACCUCAAUCUAUCCUUGCAAGGGAAACUCAUAUCUAUAUUCCAUGUUCAAGACAAAGUGACCGCCAUGGUCGCAAAAUUGAAACUGUGGCAUAAAUGUCUUAGUCGUCGUGAACUGGAUUCCUUUCCAUCUCUUCAUGACUUAGUAAUAAACUUGACUAACGAAUUUGAUAGUGAUGUGUUGCAAACCACGAAGCAGCAUUUGGAAAGCUUGCAGAAAGAUCUUCAUAAGUAUUUCCCUGAACCGGACGGCACCUAUGAAUGGAUAAGGAACCCUUUAAUCAUCAAUGUUCAAACAUUGCCAAAUAAGCUCUCUGCUUCAGAAGAAGAACAGCUCUUGGAGCUGGCUUCAGAUAGCUUCCUGAAAACAAAAUUUGAGCAAAAUACACUGACAUCAUUUUGGUUGGGGGUUAGCUCUGAAUAUCCAGCUUUAUCAGACAAAGCUGUUAAGUAUCUUCUGCCUUUUCCCACCUCGUAUUUGUGCGAGAUUGGAUUCCCUGCGCUGCUUUGCAUCAAAACAAAAACAUGA